GUCAAAUUCCACUCUCCAGGUUUUGGAAUUUUCAAUGCCCAUCCAUCGAAGGAUGCUACGCUGCCGUUUCCCACGUCCUCGCCACUCCCGCUGGGUUUACAUCAUCACCGUCACCAGUGCAUCGGAAGUCUAAACAACCCAUUUGUAGCCAUAUAAAAUGUUCCCUUUCCCUUCUCCCCAUCCAAGGUAGCCUGAAAUCUCAAUCCGGGACUCCAUUUCCUCUGCACCACAUCAUCACGUCGCUGCUGCAGAAGCAGAAGAAGGUGGAGGCGUAGCUCACACCCACACACCAUAUCGUUUACUCGGGGUAGUAACUAGUGAACCACUCCCUCCUUGGGGCCUUUACUGCUGCCAUACCCUGCGGAUCUCUGCGACCGACCCCUUUGACCAAGCCCUUUUUUAUCAUCUCAGAGAGAGAUCUCCUCUGAGGGGGAAGCCUGACGACGAGGGCUCUCACACUAAACAGAGAGCUCCUCGGCGAUGGGGCGGGCUGCUAGGUGGCUGAGGAGUCUUCUGGGAGGGAAGAAGGACACCAAGGGUCAAAAGGACGAUGCCAGCACCAGUGGCCACGACACCAGAGAUCGAAAGAGGUGGAGUUUUGCCGGACCCCAGCAAGCCGCAAGCAUGGGUCACAGUCCUGUUACAGCAGCGUGGUUGAGCACCUUCCACGACGACAGCGAGGAGGAGAGCAAGCACGCCAUAGCGGUGGCGGUAGCCACUGCGGCCGCUGCCAGCGCCGCGGUGACGGCGGCUCAGGCGGCGAUGGUGCGACUGAAGAGCCUUGGGACAGAAAGAACGACGCCCUAUGGCAUCUACGAACGGUGGGCUGCUGUCAAGAUUCAGACAGCCUUCAGAUGUUACUUGCCCAGGCAUCAGGUCCUAUAUCUAUUUGGCGUUCCUGUUGUGACGCAGGCAAAGAAAGCUCUUCGAGCUCUCAAAGCGCUGGUGAAGCUGCAGGCUCUAGUCAGAGGCUACCUUGUGAGGAAGCAAGCAGCCAUAACCCUCCGCAGACUGCGAGCUCUUGUAAGAGCUCAGUCUGUAGCCAGGCCUCGAGAAGCUCGUGCUCUGCCCCAGCAAGGUCGAAGACUCGACGCACAAGUCUGCCAUCGCAGAUCCUUCGAAAGGUUUAAUGUCAGAGAUGCAAGGUGCAAGCCUACGGGAUCAGAAGAGAGCCAUGGCCUCGAUAGGAGUCCAAAGAUCGUGGAGAUGGAUACCUUCCAACUCAAGUCCAAGUCAUUCAGGAGGACAGGUUCUUCUAGUUUUAAUGCACUCGAGGAACCCACGGUGCCACUUUCUUCUCCACUCGCACACAAGAUCCCGUCUCGUCUCUCCAUCCCCAGCUGCCGGAGUUCUCGAGACUACCACUAUUACCGAAACCCUGAAAGAUCUCCCUGCUCCAAGACAGCACAAAACACUCCUCGCCUCAACCCACAAACUCCACCGAGGUACAUGAACAUAACCGCAGAUGUGGUUGUAUGGCAUACUCCGAGCCCCGCGAACUCUCCGAACUACAUGGCAAACACAUCGUCCUCUGCGGCAAAGGUGAGGCCUCAGAGCACGCCGAAGCAGAGACCAGAGAAAGCCAGCCGCAGGAAGAAGUUGUACGCAAACGAGACCGUGCCGGGGACUAGUCUGAGCGACACCUGGUCUCCCUUACAAGAACACGAAGCUUAUUGCAAUUUGAAAUAUGGGAUGGUGGGAAGGAUUAAUAGGACUGCCAAGAUGGUGAAGGAGGCAGCCAGGGAUUACUACUUGGAUAGCAUGUGGUGAGUCAGUAGUGAAAGCAAACUGGUUUGGGAGAGGUUCUCUUGGAAUUGUAAGAACCUCUGAACUAUUCCUUGCUACUGAAUUGUGAGUGUAGAGGAAGGGAUCUGUAGAUUCUCCUGGUCUGAUCUAAAUUUGCUGCAACCUUGGUUCUUA